GAGAGUGAGUGAGAAAGACUGGUGGAAGGAGGGGGAGAGAGAUUGGGGGAAAAGGUCUCAGAACUGAUCCGGGCGAGAGAGAGCGAGAGAGAGCGAGAGAGAGAGAGAGAGAGAAAAAAAAAACCCUCCACCACGUCCGAGCCCCUCCGAGUGCGUUUCUAUUAAAAGUAUCAGCUCGCCUGCUCACUCUGCCUGCCUAUUUAUGAACCUCUGGGCUUGGCAAGCUGGCCUGCGGAAAACAUGGAGAUGCCACACUAUUUCCUAACCGGGUUCUGCAUGCUGCUGCUCCACCAGACCGGGCUCUGCCAACCGUAUCUGCGUCUCCGCCCGGCGCCCAGUGACAGCUUACCCGUGGUGGACAUCAUCGAGCACCCGGACCCGGAGUACGACCCCAAGGAGAACGACCUGGACGAGAGAACUUUGCGGAAGAAGCUCGGGAGUCACUUCGACCCCAGCUUCAUGUCCGUCACCCUGCCCGAGGGGGAGGCGUUCACUCCCCGGGAUCCCAACUCGAGGUUCAAGCCGCUCGGGGCCAUGCCGAACGACAUCAAGAGACUCAACCUCUCGGAAACCCCUUACGGGAGGAAGAUGAAGUUGGGCAAAAAGGCCAGGAGGAAGUUCCAGCAGUGGCUCUGGUCCUACACCUACUGCCCGGUGAUGUACACCUGGAAGGACCUCGGCGGCAGGUUCUGGCCGAGGUUUGUGAAGGAAGGGAACUGUUACAACGAGAGAUCGUGUUCGUUUCCCGAAGGCAUGGUGUGUAAACCUGUCAAGUCCAUCAACAAGACGUUCUUGAGGUGGUAUUGCCAAGGCUGGUCAAGGCAAAAGUACUGCACGUGGAUACCUGUCCAAUACCCAGUCAUUUCCGAAUGCAAGUGUUCGUGUUGAAGAAGUGGGAGAGAAAGAGAGAGAGAGAGAGAUGGAGAGGGAGAGGGGAGAGGGGAGAGGGGAUGGGGAUGGGGAUGGGGAUGGGGAGAGAGGAACACUGCUGGACUUCAAACUUGAAAUACAAAACAAACCCCCGUGUACAGGUGGCCCUAUGGUGUGACAUUUGGAGAAUAACAACGCACUAUAGUGAAAUCUAUUUUUAUAUAUCGCCUUCUAAAAAAAAAACAAGCGCCAGCUUUGUACGUAUAUAACACAGUUCAGAUUUAAAGUU